AGCAGCCGUCUUGGCUUUGCGCUUCGUUCAGUUUCGCUCGUGCGUCUUCCUGGCAGCUGGAUGGCUGUUCCACCUUUGCAGCUCCCGAUUUUGAAGGAUUCCAAGGAGGACUCCCUCUGCGGAGAAGUUCAAUACCGCCUGGGAGGGCAGUUCUGGCCGGCCAAGUGCAUCGCCCGCUUGCAUGGCGACCUGUUGCUCAUCCAGCGUGCUGGCAAGCAGCAGGCCGCGGUUGCGCUGCACGGCGCCUCGGUGGAGCUCCGCGCCCAGGGCACCGUCUGCAUCGAGGCCCCUGGCAGCCCGUUGUUAGCUCUUCGUUUGGAGACCGAAGAAGAAGCGGAGCGCUGGUGGAAGGAGUUGAAGAAAGCGGCGCACCGUGCAAAGGGUUUCAAGGACCUGGUGAGCUCCGGCAACGUGCCUUUGAUGCUCAGCCCUCGUAGCGAGGCCGAGUGGAACGAGGCCGAGCAGCGCAUGGAGCGUCUGCGUUUGCAGCUCGCCGCGGAGCAAAACGCCAAGGUGGAGAUUGAGGACCGCUUCGGCGAGACCCUUGCAGCCCAGGAGGCAGAGAAGGAGGCUCGCAAGACCGAGGAGGAGCUUCGGCAAGAGGCCCAGCAAAAAGCCGAGGAUUUGCAGAAGCAGCUGGAGGCCCUGUCUGAGCAGUUCACCGCCACAGCUUCUGAGAAGGACAUGGCCCAUGUCCAAGUCAACCAAAUGAAGACUGAAGCGGAGCAGCUGGAACAGGAGCUCAAGGCCCUGCAAGCCGAGCUGUCGGAGACUGGGACGCGACUAGCGCAGGUGGAGGGAAAGAAUGCGGGCUUGCAGGAUCGGACCAAGCUGCUCGAGGAGGCGCUUGAGAAUGAGCAGGAGAAGCGGGUGCAGUCGGAGGCAAAGGUUCGGGAGCUCCAGCAGAAGCAGUCCUUGGAGAGCGCGAAGCUGGCGGAGGCUUGGGCUUGGGGGAGGAAUGCCUCACCAGGGAAGAGAGGGCAAGCCAUGACGUCAUGA